AGACGGUUUUGUUUCACUUAUCAUAGUGCUAUCUUUCAUUUGCUUUGUAUGGAUAAAAUCGUCCAGUAACAAUAAUUCAUUUUAUAUUCAUACAAAUGACUUAAAAGUUGUACAUUCCUCUAGUUAGUUCUCUUAUUCUUCCACAAGAUACAUAAAUGGCUGUGAUAACAACACUUUAUUUCAUAUCGAUCUGCAUCGUCUUGUUAUUAGUAUGGCUGAAAAGCAAAUUAUCCUACUGGCACAAACGCGGUCUUCAGAGCCCCUCGUUUCUCCAACUUUUAAUCAACAUCAAAACUAGCCUUCGACACGAGCAAUCGGUGAUCGACAAGGACCUGCGAUCCUACGAAUGGAUCAAAUCUCGUGGCCUCAAACACGCCGGUCUUUACAGGAUGUGGAGACCGAUCUACCAUCCCGUAGACCUGGACAUCAUAAAGCACAUUUUGCAAAGCGACUUCGAUCAUUUCGUCGACCGAGGAAUGUUCGUUAAUGAGAAGGGAGAUCCGUUGGGGGCGCAUCUUUUCAGUUUGGCCGGCAAGAAAUGGAGGUUGUUGAGGAAUAAGCUGACCCCGACGUUUUCAUCGGGAAAGAUGAAGAUGAUGUUCGAGACGGUUCUCGAUUGCACCAAGGGAAUAGAAAAAGUUAUGGAUAAGCAAAUUGGAAAGCCGGUACAUAUCAAAGAGAUUGCAGCUAGGUUCACCACAGACGUCAUAGGCAGCUGUGCAUUCGGUAUAGAAUGUAACAGCCUCGAAAAUCCUGAUUGUGAAUUCAGACGUAAAGUGGGCGUUUUCUUCAAAGAAGAUUUCUUCCAGAGCUUGAAGUAUAUAAUGAUGGGGGUAUUCCCAAAGCUGAUGCGAAUGCUCAACGUACAGUUUUUCCCUAAAGAAACAUCAGACUUCUUCAUGAACUUGACGAGGGAAACUAUUGAAUACAGGGAGAAGAACGACGUUCGUAGAAAAGAUUUCAUGGACGUGAUGAUUCAAUUGAAGAACACGGGCAGGAUCAUAGAUGACGAUCAAAAACGGAGUAACGAAAAUGUUAGUGAAGAAGAAAACGAAAUAACCAUUGGUGUUAUAGCCGCCCAAUGUCUGAUUUUCUUCGCUGCUGGCUAUGAAACUUCGUCCUCAACGAUAGCGUUCUGCCUGUAUGAAUUGGCGAAAGCUAAAGCUAUUCAAGACAAAGUUAGGGCAGAAAUUAAGAGAGUGAUUGCGAAGAAUGGCGGCCAGCUGACUUAUGAUGGUCUGUCGGAAAUGAAAUAUCUGGAGCAAUGUGUGAACGAAACUCUUAGGAAGUAUCCUCCGGAACCACACUUACUCAGAAUGUGCACCAAAGAAUACCAGAUUCCCAACACCGAUGUUAUACUCGAAAAAGGAACCAAAGUAUUGAUAAACUCGGUGGCCCUACAACGCGACCCUGAUAAUUACAAAGAACCGGAAAAGUUCGAUCCUGACAGAUUCAACGAGGAAAAUUCGAAAACAAGACCAGCCUGCAGUUUUCUAUCCUUCGGUCAGGGUCCACGUAAUUGCAUAGGCCAACGUUUCGGAAUGAUGCAGACCAAGAUUGGAUUAGUGGCAUUCUUGAUGAAUUACGAAUUUUCGCCAAGCGAAAAAACCAAAGAGCCCUUCGAAUACGAUCGUAAUUUCAAUUCGAUGACUGUUAAAGGUGGAGUUUGGUUAAAUUUCAAUAAAAUAGCAUCUCAACCACUCCACUAAUUUUUUCAUUCUGUGUUUGAUGGAUGGAUCUUGAAACAGAGGAAAACUUGCAUAUUGUAAAUAUUACUUUCCAUUUUAAUAAAGAAUAUAUUCAAUAAGCCGAA